AUGGCGCGCAGCGGCGGCAGCGGCAUUCGCCUGCGGCAGCCUCGCCGCGGCAGCUCUGAGAGCACCCUAGAUGUCCGGCUGCUCUCCGAGUCGCAGCGCACCGGCGGCGGCGGCGCGCUGCUGUACGACUACGAGUACGAGCUGAGCAGCACGCGGGGACGCAAGCGCAUUGUCAACACAGUCAGCAUCACAGGCUCCAAGCUCUACAUCCUCAAUGGCCAGUUCAAGUGCGAGAAGGACGGCUGCGGCGACGACGGCGCCACGCAGGAUGCCAUCGAGACGCUGCGCGGCGUGGCCGCCUCGUUCGACGCGGGCGUGGCUGGCAAGUGA